AUGCUAUCAUUGCUUUCCCUUUUGAUCGCCUCAGGAACAGUGCUGAGACCGGAUACAGAAACGUGGACGCCAACAACAUACCCCAAUCCUCGAAUCAAUGCCACUUUGUGCAAUACGAAAGAAAACUCAACUGUUUGUGAUCCGGAUCAUUUACUCGCUGAUCAAUGGAGAUCAACUAUUGAUGAAACUGUGAGGACUCAAGUUGAAAAGUUAAGAAACACAAAGAUUCAAUACAUUGAUGAUGCUCCAGAGGAUUGCUCGAAUGGAACCGAUCCCUUUCAGAUGUAUGUGUUACUGGCUAGGAAAAUCAAUGGUACCACGAAUUCCACUGUGACCACUGAAGAAUUGAAAAUCUUUGGUGACGGUCUAGUGGAACACCUGGGCUUAAACAAUCAAUCGUGUAAGAAUUUCUUGGUGUUGAUUGUCGUCGAAACAGCGAAUUCCGCGUAUGCAAGGACCGGUCGCCAUAUGAAAAUGCCAGCUGACUUGAUGGAGCAAGCUUUCAACAGCUCGAAAAAUGUUUUCAACGAGAAAAAUUAUAUGGAGAUCUUGAAUCAAAUUGUGGAGAGAAUUGGCGAUUCACUGGUGCAGACUUUUGAGCCACCCACCGAGCCACCUUCAGUUGAGACUUCACCAGAAACUACUUCGGAAUCGAUUGAAAUUUCCACUCUUGGUGAAUCAACGGAAAGCAAUUAUCACCUGACAGAGCCGAGUGAUGGAAAAGGCGGCAAUGUUCUUUUCUAUAUCUUCAUGAUGUUCCUCGUCGUGCUGAUUCUAUGUAUCAUGGUAACUGUAGCUUUGAUAAGACAUCGUCAAAUUCGGAUCGGUUGCUCUGAAAUGAAAACGCCACAUUCACAUCAGUUCACAGAAUACACAAGCGCCUACAGUCAUCAUUCACCAAGCAGUUUGAUCAUUCGAGACACCGUCACCAUUCCUCAACUACAGCUAAACUUAGAGGAUGAUCUGGACACAAGAUCUUCGAUUUGUGGAAAGACUUCUUUGACUCCAACUACGUUAUCAACCGAUGCAGCUCUCCCAAAAUCAGAGCCACCUAUCGAUGAGAGAAAAACGUUA